CUCUUUCACACACGGAUAGAACAAUUUACAUAAACGAUGGAAAUUGGGAGCAUAUCUACUGGUGCAAAGACACCCCAGCAAUUUUGCACAUGCUCUUCUCCGGAUAGCUCCCAGCUCAUUGACAGCAGAGACGCGCAGAGUUCUGGGUCCUCCAAAGUCCUAUUGGCGUACAAAAACGCAUCGCAAAACCUCAAUUUGUCGGGGAUCAAAGUAGGUUUGGGGAUACUUAAAGUAGCCACGUCUCAGUGGCGGCAGGACAAGAAGACGCGCCCGGGCGCAACCACGAGACAGCCGACUCAUUGUGAGAUGUGCAAGAGUUCUCCACUAGACCAGCUGGCAGCUUUGCUUCUUCAUUGCCAAACGCGGCGACGGCAAAUAGGUCAAGAACCCCGACAUGAGCAUUCAUUCUCUACCAAGCCUCAAAACUGUAAACGCAUCGUGGUUCUUGGUGCGCCAAGAGUCGGCAAGACCUCCAUCCUGCGGCGGUACUUGCGAGAUGGAUUCGUGGAGGAGUACCAGCCCACGUCCGAGGAUUUUGUCCGAAAACUGUUCCGCAUACGCGGGGAAACUUACCAAAUUGAUGUUUUAGAUGCAUCUGGGGAGAGGCACUUCCCAGCCAAGCGGCGAUUGUCUAUCCUUACUGGGGACAUUUUUUUGCUUGUCUUCAGCGUGAAUGACAGAAGCUCCUUUGAAGAAGUGUGCGCUCUCAGACGGGAGAUCCUGGCAGCCAAAUCCAAACUAACUAAAGUCCCACACAAUUUUACUCAGCAGAAGCUCCCCUUAGUGGUCUGCGCUAAUAAAGUCGAUCUCCAGGAAGGUGAGAGGGAAGUCUCCUGUGCAGAGGUGCUCCGUGCUCUCGGUGAAAACUGCGCCUACUUUGAAACCUCAGCAAAGGACAGCACCAAUUUGGAGAAAGUAUUUGAGGCUUUGGCAAAGCGAGGCGGACUUCCGGCUGAAACUGGACCGUCACAACACCGCAAAUUGUCACUCCAUUCAUAUCAAGCCAUGCGCACCGGUCACCUUCCAGUCCAACUGAUGGGGGACGAUGACGCCUGCGGCCUGCUGUACCCGCUGGCCAGUAGGCCGAGCUUCAGCGCUGAGCUACGACAAGUCACUGGACCACAAAGUGCACACAAGACUGGCAAAACAAAAGAAAGAUGUCAGAUACAGUGAGAGACCAAACACACUGUUAAAAAAAAAAAACAACAUCCUCUGACAUGAAAAACUUUAUUUAUAUAGAAAGUGUGUUUUCUCGGUUGCAUGUCACAUGAAAUUAGAAUAAAUCUUGAGUUUUUCUCAGUUUUGAAGAA